CUAAAAUCAGACAAACCUUGACAAAAUUUCCCCAUAUACUCCACGGUAAAUAGGUACACGCAUUUUUUCAUAGUUUGCAAAACGGACUAUUCUGCAGCGUCUAUCACUUUUACGAAAUGGCUAACGAUUAUAUAAUCAGCAAAUGGAAACUUUGGUUCCGAGCUAUUGAUAUCAAUCAUAAAGGAAAGAUUUCUAGAUCUGACGUCAGACAAGAAGAGGACACCUUUGCUACAUUGAGUCACUUAAAUGAUGACAGGCGUAAGCAAUUGCAAGUUGACCUGGAUAAAUUAUGGGACGAAGUAGUGUUCCGUGGAAAAUCUGAACCGAUUAACGAGCAAGAAUUUGUUGCUUUGAACAUUCGAGAUUACACUGCAAACAAACAAAAAUUUGUUGAAGGAAUAAGAAAAGCAUAUACUGCGUUGUUCGAUCUAAUCGAUGUCAGUCGAGAAGGUUCUGUUUCCGAGGAGGAGUUCGUUAACAUCUUAAGGGCAUGUGGUCAUGACAACAUUGCUUUGAAUAAAAAAUUCUUCAAUGAUUACAACCCCGUUGAUGGCAAGAUUGCAUGUGGUGUCCUCGUUGACUCCUGGGUACAAUUCACGUCAUGUGAUGACAGUUCGAAAAAAGACCUUAUCAAAGAAGCUUUUGAAGCUGGCAUUUAGGCCUAGGAUGUUCCUAUCAACACACUAAAAACACAGCCAUUUUAGAAGUUCUUUAAAAUCCUCCGUACUUCUUUUUAUUUUGCUAGAGAGAAAACAUGGCGGUUUAGUGAUAAUACCAAAGUAAAUAAAACAAACUAUAUACAGUACCGUAAACGGAAUAUAUAUAAAAAGGUGUCAUGUUAAUCAAUAAAUAGAAAAGUGAAAAAUUGAUUUGAUAAUAAAUAAUGAAAUUGGG